CCGCUGCAUAUCUGUUACGUGUGGGAAAUCCUUUGCCUCGAAGCUCCGGACUUUUCUCUUAUUGAUCCUGAUGACUGUUCGCUUGACCCGGAAUUAUCAUGGCCAUCUCAAUUGUCAUAAUAUCAACGACGGGGUCAUUCUUUCAUCCCUUCGCGUCUGGAUUCUCUCUCCUUUUUCUUUUUCUUUUUCUUUUUCCUUUUCCCCGUCGUUUUUCUUGUUCCCGGGAGGCCUGUAGGUAGGAAGGUCGUUGAUCUCGCGUGCAGCGCAGCAAGCAGCAUCGCGACCCGAAUCCACCGCGAUUCCCUAAUCACCGAUUUCUUUCGUCAAAUCGUAUUAUCUUUAUCAUUGCGCCGAGACUCCUCCCCGAUCUGCCACGCUCCGGUUCCGCUGUGGUCGGUGCUCUGCGCUCGGUGGUCUCUUGUGUCUGUUCUCUGUACUCCCCGACUGGACAUCUUCCUCUGGCCUCGUUGCGCCUGCUGUGCCCUGAUAAGCUUCUCCGCUGCGGUUCGCACGUCCAUUCAGCCCCCUGGCCGUUUCCAAUCUGCCUGCCCGUCAUUGGUCCGUUGGCCGCGCACUCUCCUUCCCGCUUCGUCCAGGACUCCAGCCUCGAGCUCAACCCCGGAUAUUCCUCAUCAUUGCCUGAUCCUCAUCAUAUCUCGGGGUUCUUACUCUUAGCUACCUUCCUUCUGAGCCCUGUGCGGAGCAUCUUGGUGGAGUUUCCGAACGUCCCGGGUCAUUUACGUGUCGAAAAAUCCCCGUUGCGAUUGGAGAGGUUCCUAUCAUAUCGUCAUUCCGCGUUACCUUUGUGAGGAAUCAUAUCUCCUAUCUUUCGCCUUUCCCCCCCAAUCUCACCCUCUGCAUUAUCUAUCGGGGUCGCAUCCUUCUGGCCGGAUCUGAAUGGCUGCCGUUAUCACUCUUCAGUCGUCUUCGACGACGGGGCCGACGGCUACCACGGCGGCCUCUUUUCAGCAGCCAUCCUCUGAUCAUAUCAUCCGGCCCCGAGUCCCCGGUUCGACUUCCACGCCAAUCUCUCCCUCCGCAUCAAUUGGUACCCUUCCCCGUGUCCCUGUACCCGGUCGGGAUGGCCCCAGUUGCGACGCUUGUUUGCGCAGAAAAAGCCGGUGCGCUAUGAAUGAAAUGGUGAAAAAGUGCUACUCGUGCGAUUUUCAUCGUCAGGAUUGCACAUUUACCCUGUCUGCGGUGGCGAGCCGUCCUGGCACCGCCGAUUUGCAGUCCAAGAAACGAAAGUUGGACGAUUCCGCCCCGGAUGAUGUAGAAUCCUCCAAGAGGCAAUCAACCGUCCCCCCAGUUUCCAAACCUGAACUCUCUCGUGCACCCUUGAACGGCCACCCUCGAAUCACGUCGGGGUAUUGGCAUCAGCAAACCCAGCACAUCGGUUUAACUACCGAACUGGAACCCACUCUCCUCGAAUAUCUCCCCCUGGAUCACAACCUCGAAGGAUCUGUCGCCUCGUCCCGCGUCCGGAAGUUCGCUGACGACGGGACCUUCAUGCGGGUGGUCAACACCCUCUCCCAAGCGGGCGUACCGCCGCCCCCUCCCUUGGAUGCCAUUGAAAGCCUGGUCGCUCCCUAUGGCCCGACGUUGAUCGAUAAAUUCUUCGAAAAUGUUCAUCCGACCUUCCCCAUUCUCAUGGAGGACACCUUCCGCCAGUCGUACCGCUCCCGGCAAGGCAUGCCCCCUCUCUUGCUAUGUGCCGUCUACGUGCUGGCCUUGAAGUUUGUGGACGUGGGCCCGGCGUCUCAAGCCGCCCGACGACCCGAUGUCAGCCGCCUGGAAAGUACGGCCCUGAGACUGCUCAACGAGUCGUUGCCUCAUGCCUCCAUCUCAACCAUCCAGGCAGGUGUGUUGCUCAUGGAAAAGUCCACCAUCGCCACAUCCGCAUUGAACGCUCAAUUAGUCACCGCCGGGUUCGAGCUUGGCCUGCACCAGGACUGUUCGGAAUGGAGGAUGGAGACCUGGGAGAAGGGUCUCCGCAAGCGUCUCGCUUGGGCCCUUUACAUGCAGGAUAAAUGGUCCGCGCUGGUACACGGACGCCCGUCUCACAUCUUUUCUUUUAACUGGACGGUGAAGGAUCUGGUGGAGCAGGAUUUCACCGAUGCAUUUCCCUCGCCGUCAACCCAGUCCGAUGAUGCUCCCGUGGGCCACGGCCCUCUCUACUUCUGUCACAUGGUGGCCCUGACGACCAUCCUUUCCGAUAUCCUGGACCGCUUUUACACACUGCAGGCGAUCGAGGAGUUCAAAUCAGCCGGCAUCAACCGCACGCGAAUGAUCCUGGAACGCGCCAAACCCGCACAGAUCCGCCUGAAGGACUGGUUUGGACGUCUGCCUGCCGAAUUGAAAAUGGAGUCGGGCGGCGACCUCUUCGAAACGAUCAACGAGGAUAACGCCCGCAACGGAGCGUUGCACCUGUCGUAUUUCGCCACGGAAAUCACCCUUCACCGUUGCAUCGUGAGAUCUCUCGGCCAGGAGACGGCGGAUGCUUACCUGUCUCACAUUUGCCGCUCCGCUGCGAAGACGCGGUUGAUUUCAGCGAUGGACUUUGUCAAUCGUCUCCGACCUCCGCAUCUCCGAUCCUUCUGGCCUGCUGCAUCGCGCACUAACUUUGCCCUGAUCGGCUCCUUCGGAGUGCUCCUGCGCAUCACCGCCCCGACAAAAGAGGAGGGCGAGUUCUACCGUCUCCGGCUGUGUGAAUACCGCUGGACCUUGAGCGUCAGUAAGAAGAACGCCGAGUUCCUAGAGUUCGCUCUCGAUAGUCUGGAUCAGGCCACCAACCUCGACCAACACGUCCCCGAGAAACCGGGUAUUGACGAGCUGAUGACGAGCGCGGCAAAGCCGAUCACCACGACCCAGCCGCGCAUCACGUCUGCAACGCAGCUGGAGGAUUCGAUCCUCGAGAUUGAACCGCCAGGCGGUACCUCGUCUGUGAUCUCGGGACUGGCAUCGCCGGCGACCUCGAUUAGCGACGAGAGUCUCCACGACGCCGCGAUCCCGCCUCUAUAAUCCGACACUCCCUAAUUACCCUACUUUCACCUUUCCACGGAGGUCACCUCCUAUCUUCGACACUCCUCACCUGAUGCCAUAUAAUGACCUCCACUGUUUUGUUUUCUAGAUUUCGGCGCAUUGUUUCGAGGUCGCGCACUUGAUGAUACCUUGUUGGCUUUCUGGGGAUCUUCACGACUGAUUGAUUGAUCGCAUGUGAUUGUUUUCUUUGUAGGCUUUAUGAAUAAUAUCCGGGAUGGAUGAAUGAUUGUUUUGCACGCAUGUAUAUAUGGGAUAUUUGUUUAUGACGGAUGGGCAUAGACUGGACACGGCGAUCGGAUAGAAGAAUGAAUAAUGAUUUGAUUCACA